GCAUCUAUCAACCAGAACUCAACACUACCCUGCUCUGUGCUGGGUGAACAUAGAAGAUCUCUCGGUGAGGUGAGGGCCCUCACUGGGACACAAGGUGCCGCUCUUGAGGUGAAAAGGGCGAGAAGCACCGCAGUGGUUUCCUCUUUGACAGCAGGGGCUUGUUUUACAGCACAAAACAACAAGGAUGAAGAUUUCCAGCGACGAUGCAGCGGCAGCAGAGAUAAUGAGGAAGACGAUUAGCUGAAGAGCCCCCAGCUUCAUCCUGCUCCGCCGGUGUGCGCCGCCGAAGUCACGCAGGCAACUUGAACAUCGACUGAACUGCAGAUGAGCGAGCCUCAAAGUGUCCCCGGAUUUGUUGUUGUUAGCCGCUGUUGCUAACCAGAGAAGUUGUGAGCUAGCUGGCCUAGCGAGCUAACUGUGAAAGCGAGGAGAAGCUCACUAGCCUCAUGUGUUUGGUUUACUCACUGCUGUCCCGGCGGGUAAACUCGACGUCCCUUAGCUAAUGGAGCCGACGAGCAUCGGCUUCACCAGUUCAACACCCGCAGCUUUGGCCCCCGAAGUACCAGCGGUAGUAGAUAGUUACCUAGCUUAGCCGUUAGCCUCCACUAUCCUUGGAAGAAUGAGCAGAAACAAACACCAUCAUUUAAAAGGGUCCGAAGUCAGCUGCUGUGUGAAAUACUUCUUAUUCGGAUUCAACAUUCUGUUCUGGUUACUAGGCGCAGCAUUCUUGGGCAUCGGCUUGUGGGCAUGGGCGGAGAAGGGCGUGCUGUCCAAUCUGUCAUCCAUCACAGAUCUAGGGGGUUUCGACCCUGUGUGGCUCUUCAUCGUCGUGGGAGGGGUCAUGUUCGUCCUGGGCUUUGCUGGCUGUAUUGGAGCUCUCAGAGAGAACACCUUCCUGCUUAAAUUUUUUUCUGUGUUCCUUGGUUUGAUCUUCUUCUUGGAGCUGACAGCAGGGAUCCUUGCCUUCGUCUUUAAGGACUGGAUCAAAGACCAGCUCAACUUUUUCAUCAACAAUAAUGUGAAGGCCUACAGAGAUGACAUCGACUUGCAGAAUCUCAUUGACUUUGCCCAGGAAUAUUGGUCAUGCUGUGGAGCUCAUGGGCCCGACGAUUGGAACCUAAACAUCUACUUCAACUGCACUGUACUGAACCCCAGCAGGGAGCGCUGUGGAGUCCCCUUUUCCUGUUGUGUUAAAGAUCCUGCAGAAGAUGUCAUCAACACGCAGUGCGGUUAUGAUGUUCGGCAUCAAGUGGAGCUGGAUCGGCAGAAAUAUAUCUACACCAAGGGUUGUGUGGGACAGUUUGAGAAGUGGCUUCAGGACAACCUGAUCAUUGUAGCUGGAAUCUUUGUUGGUGUUGCACUUUUGCAGAUUUUUGGGAUCUGCCUUGCUCAAAACCUAGUGAGCGACGUCAAAGCCGUCAAAGCCAACUGGUGACAGGAGAGGUGAGGUGAGGGAGCCCCGCCCCUCAGGCCCACAACCAGGUCAACACAGCACACUAACAGUUCCCGUCCAGCUGAGGAUGGAGAGCCAUGAGCCCGGUCCACUUUUCCACUGAGCUCAGCAGCACAUAUACACUUGCAGACGAACUGACAAUAAGCGUUUACUUCUAUGAAUAUCGAUGACACUUGAAUGGGGGGAGGGAGAAAAUAUCCCACACAAACCAAACCGUCAACACUUUGUGUACCACUCAGCUGGGAUUUAAUCCAAAUAUACAGAGGAAAGCCUUGCCUACUUCAGAUAUAUAUUCCGUUAUUUUUGCUUUUUCCUCUGAUUUUGUUCUUUAGACCAGUGUAUUUAUGGGGCACAGUUGCACAAGGACUCCUGUCAGCUUGGAGAUUGAAAGCCAUGGAUGAAAGUAAGAGACAACAAAUGAAAAACAAAAGAAAAGGGACAACAAGUCUCGUUUUUUAGGUCAAGAGUUACUUUGUCGCAGAGCCACAGUCCCACCCAGCGAGGGGUUGAAUAGCUCAUAUAAAAGCAGCCGUGUUUUUUGACGUGAUUAUCCCCACUUCCUGCUGCAGGAGAUGGAGGGUGGCUGGCCGGCCGGCUGGCCAACAAACACAUUGACUCUGUUGCGUGUAAUUUUUUGUGACCUUUUUAUGACCACUGAAAAGACUCUGAACACUGGCUGGUCAUGUCUUCAGCUUCAAACUGUUUCAAGAGAUUUAAAUUCUAACUGUAAAUGUAAAAAAGUGCCAUUAAUUUUCUGAUAUUUUUGUGUCUUUUCUGUUCUUCAUAUGAUUCUCUGCACCCCGCCCCACAAUACCUCAGGUCCGGCCGAAAAAACAGAGUCAAGACUCAAAGUGAUUGUACGCACACCUCAGGCUCUGAGCUUCAGCACAUUCAAUUUGAAAUAAAAUAAAGUAGGCUCUACAUUAAAGUGCCAAGUCUCAGCUUUGAUUUCGGUACUUUUAAGUCAACAUAGAAGGAACUGUGUGGGAGAUUUAACCCUUUUAACACAUAUUGCCCAAAUAUUAGGGCUUCAAAAAUAAUUGGACACACGUAGUCAAACAAAAUUAUCAUAUUUCAUAUUUUGCUUUAAAUGUUUGGCAGCCGGCGACUGUCUGAAGUCUUUGACCCUCAGACAUCAGCAGCCACUUUGUAUCGUCCCUGGUGAGUCUCUCCUUCUCUGCUGCCUCCGUCAACCCUGUCUUUAAUAUUCACCAAGUCGACUGUUGCUCAGUCAGACUGAGAUCAGGUGACUGACUCAGCACCUCCAGUAAAUAUUUCACCUCUUCACCCAAAAGGCUCUGUGGUUGCUCUGGUUGUAGGUUGAGAAUCGUGGUCCUGCUUAAUAAUGAAAUGUCGUCCAACAAGUUUUAAUGUGUGUGACUGAAUCUGAGCCAUCAGGAUGAUCCUGUUCACCUGCAUUUCUCCUGUCGCUUCUAUUAUCAGUGAAAUCACCAGAAAGUUCUAUCGGCAGCCACACAUUUCUGAGCCCUAACACAACCAGCUCCAUGUUUGACACGAGCUGUUCAUCUUUUUUCCCAGAAUUCCCUCUGUGUUUUAUCAAUCUAAAAGACUUUGGUGCUUGGCCGUUGACAUGGAAACAUGAACGAUGUACCUGGGCAGCGUUCUUUACAAUGGAAUAUUUUUUUACUAUAUGUACAUCCAUCCAAUUACAGUGGAUGGAUCCAACUGCUCAACAUGGGCACAUUGUGCUAAAAGGGCUAUAUCUUCCAACACAAUCUUUUCAUGUUGAUGUAACCUACUUAAAUUAAAGCUGAUACUUGAAUAUGCUGAAGCUCGGUGCCUGCAGAACAAAAACAUGUGCAACUAUACAAACACUUGAGGCCUUGACUCCAUUAUGCUUUCUGCCAGCGGUAAAAGCAUAUCUAUCUAUGUCUGUUGAAUUUACACUAACUUAACGCAGAAUAACAGUGACAGUUCUUCGACAGUCACCCUGUUUGCCCUGCAGUAACUGUAUUAUCUGUUGAUUUACUGAAGGAUAUUAGAUUGUAUUAUAUGGAUGGCCUGGUGUGGUUAGGAUUGUAGGUUAUAUGCUAAAGAAAUACUUAAUGAGAGAGUUUGUUGUUUAUCUCUGAGCAUCCCUCAGGCACAUGGGAUUGCUGGUUUGGGGCCUUUUUUACUUGACUUUAUUACCACAUUUGUCUUACAUUUAUAUUUUGUCUUCUCAAUUAUGAAAAUAUUAUUUUCUAUUCUUUGAAUACGUCCUUUAUUCCUCCUUUCCUUUCUUAGAGAGACGUGUAUCCCAGGAUUAUUGUUUGACUUCAACAGGCACCUGUUUUGACUCAUCAGUGAACUGCACAUCAUCUUCUUAUCGUUGAUGUUAGCAGUCCAAAUGGAGACCAAAUAACAUCAGCUGGCCACAAGCUAACUGCCAAGAUUUUAUCUGGCUACAAUUCAGAUUCAAUUAGUAACACCUACAAUAACAAACAGCAUUUCUGCAUAGCCAAAAUGUGAAUUAAUAUCCCUUUUUAUGUGGGAAGUGCCAGUUGAAAUGAGAAAUCAAACAAAAAAUUAAAAAUGUUACCAUAUUGCUUUUAUCUUUAAUUCAUUGUCGUGUCUAUUGUUUGGCCUAUUUAAAAAAAAAAAUAGAAUCGUAAAUACAUGCUGUUGCCUUUUUGAUGUUAGCAUCAGUGUCAAUAUAACAUGAAUGCUGCUUUUACUUUGACUAGAUUAUUGAUAAUGUAGUGCAGUAACCAGGAUCAUAACAAGUCUCACCUGAUUUUGCAUUUGAAUAAUCUGCCAUGUUGUCAUGUUGUUUCCAGGCUGAGGAAAAAUUCAGAUUAUUAUAUUUUUCCUUUCUUCGUUUAAACACAGCUCACAUUGCCGUUUGUUGUUUAUUAUAUAAAAAAACCCUCUUGUCUCACUCUACAAGUUACAGCUUCUCAUCUCAUCCGUGAUCCUCACAGAAUGUAGGUCUAACUGGGUUCACUUGAUCAUGCUAAACAUCAAUAUUUUUAUUCUUUUACUAUCAUUAUUCUAUCUCACAGAUGGGCUUCAGGUGAGAUGAAAUGAAGCGCACACAAGUUGAAAUAUGAGUAGCAUUGCUAUUCUAUGAAAACUAUACCAAAACCUUUUCCUGCUCCACUGACUGUCUGUAGAAUAUACAGCUCUGUAUCUAUAGGUAUUCAUUCAGCCCCUUACAGUCGCCCGCUGUGUUUACAUUACAUGCCACAUGUUGCUUUCGCUCCUCCUGCUUCCAAACACUACCUGAUUCGACUGCACAUAUCUCUGCGGCUGUCAUUUUGAUGUAUUUUUAACGCAGCGCCUGCAACAGACUGAGAGAACACGUUUUCUCUUCAGUCUUUUUUCCUUCAGCUCAAAUGUAGAAACAUUUACAGGAUAAAACACAACUUACGGCUCGAGUAAAUCCUCACCUACAGUUGCCUGAUGUGACGUUGUUUUACUUCUCAUUUUGUCGAUCCUCCUGUUAAAUGUAUGAGGACUUCUUUCUUUUUUACACCUCUUUUUCUAAUUUUAAUGAAUUAGUUGAUUGGUUCAGUUGAUUUUUUUAAGUUUUCCCAUUGUUUUCUCAUAAAUCAUCCUUAAGGGAAAAUGUUUUCUCAGGGUCUUAAACACCCCUUCCCCUCAUAAAUAAAAAAACAACCUCUGGUCAUGCAUGCAAGGAGACUGGUGUCGUACGUGACGUUAACAGAGCGGCCGCUGCCUUUGUGAGUGAUGCUGAGGGUCUGGCUGGGGCAGAUGGAGGCCACAGGUGUCAGUUCUGCUGCAGCUCUAAAACAAAAAGCACCGACACUCUCUGCAGCCUCUGCCGUGUCUGGACGGAUCUGCCAAUAAUCAGAAAGUCACCUUGGUAAUGAGGUCUAAAGUGCCAUAAUAAUCUGUAGCAGCAGCAUGGCAGGACUUUCUCUAUGCAGACUUUACAAUGGUGACUUGCUGGAGUAUGUUUGGUUUAACAGCUUUGGCUUCUUCUAUUCCUCUAAUGCAGGGGGGAGCAACCAAUGCUAAUUGUGCUUUGUGCUUUAUCAUAACAGCCUCGCAAUCACAAAACACCAUCUUUAAUUUUUUCUGCCCGUCCCUCUGGGCAAGUAAAUCAUUCCUGAGGAGAAGCCUUAUGCAUACCAUGAAUGUAUAAGUAUCAGCAUGGACCUACUACAAUAAGACGUUUAGCUUUACCCUUAAAUGCACGCAAUGCACAAAACCAGUGAAGUUUAGGAAUGUGAAUUAAAACUUGUCUAAUGUUUUCAAUGUUAUUCUGGUCUCAUCUUUUUUUUAAAUUCUUUUUUUUGUGAGCAUGAAAGCAAAUGAGCGUUCCAUUUCUUCUGUUUCCAGUGUGUGCGUGUGUGCAGGCCUGCGUUUUAUAUUCAAUCUCAAAGCGUUUAAACUCUUUGUUUGGUUUGGCUUUUAUGUCUCUUCAGUGGCUGCGGAUGAUUUCUAAGUAUGAUCAGAAAUCAUCUCUUCAAAGGUUUGAUAAUCCCUUAUUGAUAUAAAACUUUUUCAGUGAUGCAUUUAUGAAGGAUUUUCCUUUCAUUCCCUUUUAUUCAUGUAAUACUGUCCUGUGAUCCUGCCUAAGCUUUCGAAGUCUGCUUAUGUCCCCGUCAAAUAUUUCUUACAAAGGUGAGCAGCACAUCACUCGAACGCGGAUCAUUCCUGCUUGUGUUCAGAUGCCGGUCACAUCACAGCACAAAGAUGCAGCAUAACUGAUUUGUUUGUGAUCAUAUUGAGCUGUUGACUGGUACACAUUGGCUCCCAGUUGAAGAAUAUGAAUACAGAUAGAUCUCUUAGACACACAGAAAUGAUUCUGAAUAUCUUUGUUCAGCCGGGCAACACAAACAUUGUUUUUUUCCCCCUUAGUUUAAUUAACAGUCUGUUUCCAGUUGUGUCGCGAUUGCAGCAGAACACAACAAACAAAACUGUACUGUCGAUCAGUUGUUAUUUUAGUUUCGACCCGUCCUCUCUGACGGGCAGCCUUGUAAAGAAAUGUAAAUGAAAACUGUGGGACAUGGUCUGUUACACUGUAUAUUGUGUUAGAAUACGCCUCUUUCAUAUAUUAAAGGAUUUAAGAUAA